UCCUCCUCCUCCUCCUCCUCCCUACAACCCUUAAGGCGGCGGCGAUGGGUUGCUCCUCUAUUCCCAUCGUCCCCUCAUGAAAUUCAAACUUCCCAUUCCACCCCUCUCCUCUCUCAAACCCAAAUCUCAAAUGGCCUCCCUCCUCACCGCCGCGGAGCCCCAACUUCUCACUCCUCACCCGUCGGACCCACCCGACUCCCUCGGCGACGUCCUCUGCUCUCCCCAGCAGCAGCAAUUGGAUUUAGCUGAGACGCCGCCGUGCCGGAGCCUGAGCCGCGAGUCGCGAAUCGAGCGGGCAUGGGCUCACUGGACUAAGCUCGGCCGGCCCAAGCUGAUCGUCGCUCCGAUGGUCGACAACUCCGAGCUCCCGUUCCGGAUGCUCUGCCGGAAGUACGGCGCCGACGCGGCGUACACGCCCAUGCUCCACUCUCGGAUUUUUACCGAGACUGAGAAGUACCGGAACCAAGAAUUUACCACUUGCAAGGAGGAUCGUCCAUUGUUUGUUCAAUUCUGUGCUAAUGAUCCUGGGGUUUUACUGGAAGCUGCGAAGAGAGUGGAGCCCUACUGUGACUAUGUUGACAUUAAUUUAGGGUGUCCUCAGAGAAUCGCUAGGCGGGGGAAUUAUGGAGCUUUUCUGAUGGAUAAGCUUCCUCUCGUGAAGUCUCUAGUAGAAAACUUGGUUGCCAAUCUUCAUGUUCCUGUGUCGUGUAAAAUCCGCAUUUUCCCAAAUUUGGACGACACGAUUAAUUAUGCUAGGAUGCUUGAGGAUGCUGGUUGCUCUCUUUUAGCUGUCCAUGGGCGAACAAGAGAUGAGAAAGACCAGAGGAAGGUGCGGGCCAACUGGGAUGCCAUCAAGGCUGUGAAGAAUUCGGUCAAGAUACCUGUGCUUGCCAAUGGGAACAUAAGGCACUUAGAUGAUGCACACGACUGUUUGAAAUACACUGGUGCUGAUGGGGUUCUUUCUGCAGAGUCUCUUCUUGAAAAUCCGGCGCUAUUUGCUGGUUUUCGAACUGCUGAAUGGGUUGAGGAGGGUGAAGAAUGGAAGAAAGAUCGGAAACUGGACCAGGCAGAUCUUUUGGUGGAGUAUCUGAAGCUUUGUGAACAAUACCCUGUACCUUGGCGUAUGAUUCGUGCACAUGUGCAUAAGAUGCUGGGAGAUUGGUUCAGAAUGCAUCCACACAUAAGAGAAGAUUUUAAUGCACAACACAUUCUCACAUUUGAGUUUCUCUAUGACAUGGUGGAUCGGCUUAGAGAGUUGGGUAAAGGAACUCCCCUUCAUCUUAAGGAUAUUAAUUCUGCUAGUAUACCUGCAAACGGGCUAGCUAUGUCAUCUGUUUGAUACUUAUUGAUUGAGUUGCUGUGCCAGAAAUAGGAGUUUUGGUGUAGCCAUAAUGAGAUAUUAGGUUUUUCUGGUCGAUUUUAUACUAUUUUAGUGCAUGUGGCUUAUGUAACUCAACUGAUACAUGAGCAGAGGGAAGACACUCCCUUUUUAUACUACAUUCUUUGCGCUGAUGAUUUAGUGUAUCCC